AUGUACAACUACUGGGAGUGCAACAUCUGCGAUCGCGGCUUUCGCAGCGAGCAUGCAGUCCAGCAACACAUGGAUGCACUGGGCCAUUGGGGUUAUCACAAUACACCCCAGUAUUAUAGCCGUCGAUAUGAUUGCAACGAUUGUAACGAUUGGUUCCACAACGAGCAGAGUCUCCGCGACCACGAGGUUGAGGAACACGACUACUGCGAGCCUUGCAACCGCUAUUUCAACAACCAAAACAACAUCCGGCAGCACUUGAACUCCAGGGUUCAUCGCAGUACCGGCGACAUCCAGUGCCCCUUCUGCAAGCAGACCAGUAACACUGCCACUGGUCUUAUCCACCACCUCGAGCGGGGUGCGUGUCCCAACGCCCCUCUGGACCGCGAUAAGCUCUACCAGGCCGUGCGCGCACGCGACCCAAACGGAGUCAUCUCCAAGAAGCUCCUAGAGUGGCACGGAUCUCCCACCUUCACAGCUACCGAGCGAACAUAUAACUACGAUAUCGACGCAUACGAGUGUUAUCUCUGUCACCGUGCCUUCUCAUCUCUGAUUGGUCUUAACCAGCAUCUCAACUCUCCCGUUCAUCAGCGAAAGCUCUAUCACUGCCCGAAUCGUCAGUGCGGUCGUGAGUUCACCACCCUCGCGGCGGCCAUCAACCAUCUCGAAAGCGAGUCCUGUGGCUAUAUGCGCUUCAAGGCAGUGCAGCAGAAUGUUGGAAAAAUUCUCGAUCCUCGUCGAAUGAUUUCCUUCUGA